AAGCAAAACCAUAGUCUUUCUGCCGAUGGCAAACGCCGGCGUUAGCAGAUCGUUCAUUGCCCUUGUCCCCAAUUGAAUUGAAGGAAAGAAUAGCUUCUUUUCUACUACUGGUAAGGUCAAGUGCAGGAAUGCAAUGGCACUAAAAUCAGUGUUCGAUGCUUCAGUAAUCAGGGCUGAAUUCGACAAGGCCAGUAUCAACACUCGCUUCAUACCUCUUAUUUGGAAGUAUGUGAUACAGGACCCAGAUUGCGAUUGGGAAGAUAUUCCAUCUUUGCCCUCCUCGGCUUACACUUUGCUUCGUUCCAAGUUCAGAACUACAACUUCUGUUGUCCACUCUGUCUUGGAGUCCAACGACGGUGUCACCACCAAGCUCCUCAUCAAGCUCCAGAAUGGAGCAUUUGUGGAGUCUGUGGUUAUGAGAUACGACACGCGCUUGGGGAAAUAUAAUGGAAAGCCUCGUCCUGGAGGACCAAGAUCAACCUUGUGCAUAUCGUCUCAGGUUGGAUGCAAAAUGGGCUGCACAUUCUGUGCUACCGGAAGCAUGGGGUUCAAAAGUAACCUGUCUUCUGGAGAGAUAGUUGAACAAUUGGUCCAUGCCUCUCGUUUAUCAACCAUCCGUAAUAUUGUUUUCAUGGGAAUGGGGGAACCAUUGAAUAACUACUCUGCCCUGGUGGAUGCCAUACGAGUCAUGACAGCAUUUCCAUUUCAGCUCUCUCCUAGGAGAAUUACAGUCUCAACGGUCGGGAUAAUUCAUGCCAUCACCAAGCUCCACAAUGACGUCCCAAAUGUGAACCUGGCUGUCUCUUUGCAUGCACCAGUCCAAGAAAUCCGUUGUCAGAUAAUGCCUGCAGCAAGAGCUUUUCCUUUGGAAAGACUCAUGAAUGCACUGCAGGAAUAUCAAAAGAAAAGCCAGCAAAAGAUCUUUAUUGAAUACAUAAUGCUUGAUGGAGUAAAUGAUGAGGAGAAGCGCGCGCAUCAGCUCGGGAAAUUGCUAGAAGCAUUUCAAGUGGUUGUGAAUCUCAUACCUUUUAAUCCAAUUGGAUCAUUAAGUCAUUUCAGUACCAGUACCAAUCAGAAAGUCACCACGUUUCAGAAAAUAUUGAGGGAUACCUAUGAUAUUCGCACAACUGUUCGCAAGGAAAUGGGCCGAGAUAUAAGCGGUGCCUGUGGUCAAUUGGUGGUUAAUCUACCAGAUAAGCGCUCCAUCAGCAGUGCAGCUCCUCUAACAGACAUUGAGGAUCUCCAUAAGCAGUAGAGUUAAAGAAAUUCUAUGUUAAAAGGAGAGACGAAUAGCAGCUCUAUCUACAGGAUAUAUGUAGCUUUCAGUCUUGACCGCAAGUUGACGUUGGUCCCUGCUAUUAGUUGAAGGGGAGAUGUGAACGGCCCAUCACAGGCUCGAGGAAGAUGUAUACGACACAUAACAAGCUGUCUUUCUAAUGUUUCUUUUGUUUUGCCAUAGAAACUUUUUUAUUAGAAAUUGCAGUGAAGAGGCAGACGUGUACAAGAAUAUGUUCAAAGAGAUGUGAGCACUAAAAUAUUUUGUACGAACCUGAAUCAGAAGACAUCAUAAGCUAGUUUUGGCCUGCACAUAUGACCUGAGAUCUCUGUAUUCAGUUGUUCGCUCAAGGUCCUCACCUAAUCUUCGCAAGCUGCAUAUUAGCAUGAUCACAACCAUGCCUUUCUUGGUUUAGGUUUUGGAGGAACCUCGGUUCAUAAUUUCAAUUAAGGAGUUGGGAAGAGAAUUUAACUUUUAUAUAUUAUGUGAAACAGUGAAAGUCAUCUAACUUUUAUUUACUUAUAUAUUGCAUUUUGUUAAAGAA